UGAGCUUAUGUCCUUUAAACCUUUCUCUUUGCAGCGUGUAAAAAGUGAUUCCAAAGACGCCCUAGCCCUGUCCGACGGGAGUAGCUCUCUGGCACCACGGACGAUGGUGUGCAACGACCAUUACGCCUCUGGGAUAUAUGGGUGGCGGAAACGGUGCCUGUAUUGUUCCACUGUAUUCCUCCUCUCCGCCAUGAUCAUCAACUUCGCCCUAACCGUAUGGAUACUCAGAGUCAUGGACUUCUCAAUAGACGGCAUGGGGAAGUUACGAAUCACAAAGAAAGGAGUUCGUUUGGAGGGAGACGUUGAGUUCAUCAAAAAUAUGAAAGUUUCAAAAAUUGGAUCAUAUAAGAAUAAGCCAUUGAAAAUACAGUCGGACACAAACAUAUCUAUGCAAACUACAGUGAAUGAUGUGGUUAGAAGUAAACUCAUCUUAGCGAACAAUAGAAUAGAAGCAUAUAGCGACGCCUUUGAGGUGAAAAACGCAAAAGGACGCCAGCUGUUCUAUGCAGACAGUAAGAAAGCAGUGCUUGGGGCAGAAAUUCUUAAAAUAACAGGUGCCAAAGGAGCUGCAUUUAAUGGUUCCGUCCAAACACCAAGAGUACGUUCGGAUGCAUAUCACAAUCUCAGGUUGGAGUCUCCUACAGAAUAUGUCCAAGUGUCUGCCCCACGCGGUGUCAAUCUCUUCUCUCCGGCUGGAGAAAUCAGCAUCACAAGUCUUUAUGACAUGAAAAUACAGUCAUUAGAUAAUGCAAUCCGGUUAGACUCCGACAAUGUCCAAUUUUUAAAUCUUCCUGUCAGUGAACCAAUUGGAGAUGGGACGCGCUAUCCUGGAGUGUAUCAACUAUGCAUAUGUGGCCACAAUGGACGAUUGUUCUUGGCCCCUCCAGACUCUAGUUGCGCUGCUGUGGAGAAUACCUGCACGUAGCAAAAUGUUUCUGAGUUUUACUAAGAUUUUCACCCAGAUCAAAGUGCAAGCUAUCAGAACUGGUUUGAGGACCAUGGGCCGGGUUUACAUAGAGUUACAUGAAACGUGUGACAUUAAGAACGAACAUGUCAUUACAAACAAGUGGGCUACAUAGGAUUAACUUCGUCACAUUUCAUUAUCCUGUUUUCAAGUAUGAGUUAAUGAACGAACAUGCUCUUGAUAAGUGACAAGACACGUGAAAUCUGGAUUUAUGACAACGAGAAUCCUAUGAUAUAAACUCAGCCUUAUCGAGCAAUGGUAUGAUUAGAAGAAAAUGUGUGGAAUUUUGAGCAGUGUGGGCAGCUGAAACAUGGUAAAGGAAGGAGCACUCGAUCCGUUUGCGUUUCAGUUAUCAGCAUACAUAUUAAGGUAAUUAUCCUAUCAUCAGCAUAAAGAUACAUUUGUGAUAUAUGCUGAGGAGAUAUAGUUGAAGCGAUUUCAAACAGCAAGCGUUUCUGGUGUGUGGGUGUCAUUAAUUUUUGAUCUGGAUUCAUGUAUUUGAACUUUUCAUUCAACGCCAUUCUUUAUAUUAACAAAGGCGCAUGCAUGUUCACAAUAUUGUUUUUGCAACUAGCAAAGUGGAAGAUAAUGAUGCUAGAGAUAUUAAAGAUGAUGAUGGUGACGAUACAAAUAAUGAUGAAGAUGAUUGUGAUGAUUAUGAUGGUGGUGGUAUGACGAUGAUGAUAACAUCACACUGGUAUUUAUUACUUUAUCACCAUUGCAUAAUUGCUAAUACAAGUUUCUCAAUGAGAAAUACGUCGUAUAAUUUUGAUGACUGUCGUGAUUUUUCUUGUGACUCCAUGCUAAGAAAUGUAUGAACAGUUUGUAAAUAUUUCGUGUCAACAUUUGAUGUAAGAAAAUAUAUGUAUAUGUAAAACAAUAAUGUCUAAUAGAAUAAACUCGAAACAUAGAA